CGCCUAUUGUUUCUCUCUCUAAAGCAAAACCUAGUUUUGAUGCCGUCUUGCUUUGUUGUGUUUCUUUCUACCCUCGUAGCAUCCUAUUUACAGGAACAAAACUUGGUUUCACCCCCUGCGGUGAACUGUCUAAGACCAUCUUUAACCAGGGUGCUUAAGCCCAAUGCUUAGGUAAUUAAUGAUUUAAAAAAAAAGAAAAAAGGGUUUAAUUUAAAAAUACGGCGCUUAAAGAGGGAGCAGAAGCAGCGGUGCUAAAUGGACACGUGUGGGGCAUUGGUUAAAUCUCUCUCUCUCUCUCUCUCUCUCGCACAAAACGCAUCUGCUUCUCUCUCUCCUUCUCUUCUACGAAACCGCGUCUCUCCACCUCUCCUCGUCGAUUCCGCCGGUGUUUCCCGUUUUCUCACCGAUCGGUUGGAGUCGUCGGCAUCUGUGUCGGUGGAAAGCUCGUCUCUGUCAGUGGUGUCGCCGAUCGUGUCGUCUUUGAGCGCCGAAGACGCGUCUCUCCAGCUUUCCUUCACCACACCGCCUCUCUUUCUUCAUAUCUCCUCGGUGACUCCCAGCGUCUCCCUCGGUGGCUCAAUCUCUCUCUCCACGAUGGUUCGGAUGAAGAGGACAUCAAUGGUCAUAACGGAUCAAGAUACAUCAAGGUUCGACUACAAUGGCAAUAAAGGAGCAGUGGGAGCAUCUCUGUUGUGUCACGAAGCAGUGGAACCAAAAAGAUCACGCGGCUGUUGUGUCAAGUAGUGUCACGGGCAAGCAAGUGUAAUGUGUCACGGGUCUGACCCUAUUGUGUCAUGUAGUGUCAAGUUGUGUCUCAACUAUUGUGUCAUGUAGUGUCAAGUUGUGUCUGAGCUAUUGUUGUUGUCUCAGUGUCUUGUGUCUGGUAGUGUCACGGGUAUGACCUGUUGUGUCAUGUAUUGUGUGUUGUGCUCACGACUUCGGAAUUAUAUAAUUCACAAGGCAUCGCAUGUUUCA